AUGACAGACGGAUCACCUGUAUUCCUGGAGCUGGGCACGCCAGCUGAUGGCGCUGCUUCCAUGAGUGAUGGCUCGCAGUACUGGUGGAAAACGACAGGUCGCGACCUUGCCAACAUGUUGCACGCCGCCCAAUAUCCUGAGACGACCCAGCGUGUAUUCAUGUCCUAUUAUAGGGACAACCUUUGUCCUCUCAUGGGUGGCGACCCUAACGCUGGCGAUGAAGCAAACCUGAAGAGUUGGGUCUGGGACGGCUCGACCCAUGAAUGCUUCGAGCUCAAAGGUUCCAUGAAGGAUCCCGAAGUGCGCUUCGUGGUCGACUUCAGCCAGUUGCGGCCCGUGGAGUGGGCCAACCCCUUGAGCCCAGCCGUCACGGACGCCGCCAUUGCCUCGUUCGCGGCUCGUGCCCCGGUCUUCGAUGAUACAUGGUACCAGGCCCUCAAAGAGUACAUGGACUGUUCACACCUCGAUGUCCAACGGCAGAGAGAUUUGGUGGCGCAUGCAGGGCACAUGAGUCCUUUCCUCAUUGGGUUUGACAUCACCCGCGAGACACCACAGCCUGGGAUGCUUCCCAUCAUGGGGAAAGUGUACUUCCUUCCCUGCUUCCUCGCUGCGGCUCAUGGGAAGACUCGCUUCGAGGUCAUCUGUGCCAGCAUCCGUCAGCUCCCUGACGUAUCCUCACGUACCAACAUCCUCUCUGCUUUGCGGAUGAUCGAGGAGUAUCUGGCGUCGAAGCCAAAAGAAUGGCAGAACGGCGCAAUGUUCCUGGCCACUGACUUCGUUUCACCGGACAAGGCCCGUCUCAAAAUCUACCUUCGCUGCCCUGGCACCAGCUUCGAUGCCAUUUGGGAUUACUUUACUCUAGGAGGUCGGAUUACAGGUGUGGAGAGUGCCAAGGAAGAAUACCGACAGUUUAUUGACGUUCUAGCAAGUGGUGCGGAAGCCCAGCUCGAACAAGGCUCAGGAGGCUCUGGUCCGGGACUAGAAACAGCGAGUCGACGUAAGCUGACCACUGUGUACUUUGCCAUCAGCGAUGAGCAUCCGUUUCCCGCUCCGAAAGUGGCGUUCUAUGCUCGCAACUUUGCGGCAAACGACGCCGUGGUGGCCCGAAGCCUCGAUGGAUGGCGUCAGAAGUUUGGCUGGGGUGAUGGCGACAAGUCAAUCCAAGACUUGGUAGGGGGCAGCCUCACGCACCGAAAGCUGGAUGAGAAGCCGGGAAUCUUCACCUUCAUUGGACUUGCAAAGAAAGAUCCCAGCAAGGCAGGAUUGAGCAUCCAGACGUACCUGUGCCCGGAACUAUAUGAAACGCCGAGAUUGGUCGACUAG